AUACUUUUAUUUAUUAAAUACUAUUUAACAAUAUAAAAAAACAAAAAAUAAAAUGAAAUUAUUAUUAUCUAUUAUUUUAGUACUUGGAUUAUUAUCUGUUGGUGGAUAUUCUGCUCAAGUUGCUGAUCAAAAAACUCAAAACGGACCAAUUCAAUUACCAUGGUUCCUUAUUAAUUUCAACCCUAAUGAAUUUAAAUUAUUCGUUGGUGAAACUGUCCUAAGUAUUGAGAAUAUUAUCAAUCCAAAUAGUAGCAAUGCUUGCAUCGAACAAUUCAUCAAUAACACCAAAGUUGAUUACACUAAUACCGCCAAUUUCGGCCUCCCAAAUAUUACAAAUUUCAUUCGUGGUGUUACUGAACUCACCAAGAAAUGUGGUAUUCAAAAGAUUUUUGAUAAAGUUAUCAUUGAUUUAAACUUUAUUGCUGAUAAAGGUUUAAAAUCUUUCCUUGAAAGAGAAGUCACUACCUUAGCUAAAAACUCACAAGAAAUUGUUAAUUGUUUCAGAGAUGUUAUCCUUGUUUCAAAUGACAGAAAUAAACAAGCCACUCAAUUAGGUAAAUGCUUAGCUUUCUUUAUUGUAGAUCCAAACUUCUAAAUUUUAAAGAAAAAUCAAAUAUUUCUGAAUUUUAAAAAAUAAAUUAUUUAAUGGAAAAUAUUUAUUUUUUAAUUAGAUAUAAAAAGUAAAAUAAAAAGCAAAAUUUAAAUUACUAUU